UGCCUUUGUUCAUUCGACGCAGGGCGAGAGUCGAGUCCACUGCCUGGCCGCCAAGAUGAGCUACACCGCCGACUACUACCAUGGCUCUUACCGUAAGGGUUUCGGGGACUGCCUUCGGUUGUCCAGUCGGUUGACCUCGAGCAGCCCGUCCAGAAGCUCUGUGACCAAGGUGUCCGUGUCGAGGAGCCUCUCCCCUUUCUCCUACAAAAGGUCGAGCCGUUACCCUUCUUCCCCCGACUUCUUCGACCUGUCGCAGUGCACGGCAGUCAACAACGAGUUCAAGAUUAUCAGGACCAACGAGAAAGAACAGCUCCAGGGGCUGAACGACCGCUUCGUCACUUACAUCGACAAGGUGCAUCACCUAGAGCAGCAGAACAAGGUGCUGGAGACUGAGGUGACUCUACUGAGGCAGAAGCAAGCCGAGCCGUCCCGCCUGAACCAGGUCUAUGAGCAGGAGAUCCGCGACCUGCGCACCCGGGUGGAGGAGCUCAGCCACGAGAGGAGCCAGCUGCGGCUCGACUGCGAACAUCUGGCCAGCUGCCUGGACAAGCUCAAGGACAAGUACGAGCAAGAGCUCCAGCAGCGAAAGCAGGCGGAAUGCACGCUGAAAGCUUACAGGAAAGACCUGGACGACGCCACCUUGGCCAGGCUGGAGCAGGAGAAGAAGAUCGAGUCUCUCCUGGAUGAGAUCGCGUUCAUGAAGAAGAUCCACCAGGAGGACGUGGCCGAUUUGCAAGCCGCACUGCAGGCGACACAGGUGUCAGUGGAGAUUGACGUGAGCAAGCCGGAUCUGACGGCUGCUCUGAAGGAAAUCAGAUCCCAGUAUGAGAUGAUAGCGUUAAAGAACCAGCAGACGGCAGAAGAGUGGUACAAAUCAAAAUUCGCCAACUUCACGGAGAAUGCAGCACGCGGUAACGAGGCUGCCCGAGCAGCCAAGGAGGAGAUUUCUGAGUACCGGCGCCAGCUGCAGUCUCGAAACAUUGAAAUCGAAGCUGUCAAAAGCACCAAUGAGUCUCUGGAGAAGCAAAUGCAGGAGAUGGAGGAUAGACACAAUGAGGAGAUCAAUAACCUGCAGGAGACCAUCAAUCAACUUGAAAAUGCAUUGCAAUCCACUAAGAAUGAAAUGUCUCAGCACCUGAGAGAGUACCAAGAUUUGCUCAAUGUCAAGAUGGCACUGGACAUUGAAAUAGCUGCAUAUAGGAAACUACUGGAAGGUGAGGAGACUCGGCUAAACACAGUAAGUAGCAGUACUCCUGCAUUCAUGCUCCCUACCUUUACCACCUCCAUCUUGUCUGAGACAAAGACCUUUACUGCUGGUGGCAUCAGGAAAACCACAGGAGGGGAUGGCACAGAGAAAACACCAGCCAUGAAGGACAAGUCUUCAGAGGAAGAGAAGGCAGGAAAAAUGCAGAGCAAGAAUUAAUGGUUUUCCUCCAAUCUGCUGUUCCCUCCCAAUCUCUUCAUACCCCUCCUGCACCCCACCCAAACCCAAGAACAAAUAGUUUCUAGCUAACAGGAAGGAUAUUUUGCAGUCUGCUUAAAAGGAGACAGUCAGGAUUAUUACAACUCAAUCCUCCUAUAUUCUAGCUAUAAGGACAGCAUUUACAAAGAUAUAGUUGGCUCUAAUCAAAAUUAUUUUGUAUUUGUUUGGGUUAACUCUCAAAUCAGAUGUAUUCUUGUUUUAGAUAAUUCUAUAUUUAUAAUUUAUCAUCAACAGUAAUAUCCCUGAAGGUUAUUGUCAAUAUUUGGAACUAUGCCAGUAUCCUUUAUAUUUAUUAUAAAUAGUAUUUACAAUCAGACUUGUGACUGUUUUUAAAAAUAAGAAUUGGUUUUUGGAAAGAGAACCAGUGAUUGUUCUGCAUUUGAGGGGAUUAAAUCUUCCUUUUCCUGAUCUCACUUUCUCAUGUCGUUCACCUGAUUAUCAGUUGUUCCCAGAGCACAACUUGCCUUAAAUAUAGAAGUCCCAUGGUACUUCACAAAAUUGUCAUCAGAUAUUGUCAUUUGUGGCUUAGAUUCAAGAGCAUGUUUAGGAAUUUAAGUUUGAUGGCUUUUGGGAGGGCACUUUAAACAGAUGCAUAUUAUACAUGUUCAUCCUCAAUAUGCUUAAUUAGUUAAUGGAGGCCACUGAAUCCACACCUGCCCCCUUCCCCCCCCACCCACCCUCAAUACUAUAUACAGCUGUGCCUGGGCCUUUUCUGCAAUCCUUCAUCAACCACCUUGAGCACAGCCCAACCUGAGUUUAUAUUAAAUCCAAACAAGAAACUGAUCCUUCCAGUUCCCAGUUGACCUCUACCCUCAGACAAGCCAUAGAUGGCUGGGCUGUGAUGGAGAUGCACUGAUCAUUGGAGUACUGAGAACAUAAUCCUGUAUGUUUCCAUGUUAUACCCAAUUACCUGAUCAGAGUAUUGUCAUCCUUGACAUUUGAAAUGCAACAAGUGUUCUCCAACAACAGCUUCCAUUUAUGCAGCAGCUUUAAAGUGAACAGGCAUCAAAGAUAACAGCAUUGUUAUUCAACAAAAAGCCAAUGUUGAGCCAUAUUAGGGGGAAAGGAUUAAAAGCUUGGUCACAGUACUGGUAUCAGUUUAUAAUUGUCACAAGUACUGAGGUACAGUGAAGAGCUUUUGUUUGCGUGCCAUCCAGAUCGUUCCAUACACAAGUACAUUGAAGUAGUAAAAAAGAAAACAGAAUGCAGAAUAUAAUGUUACAGAGAAAGUACAGUGCAAGUAGGCAGAUGAAGUGCAAGGGCCAUGACAAGGUACUCAUCUUUUUGCAUAUGAGAAGUCCAUUCAAGAGUAUGAUGACGGCAGGAUAGAAGCUGUCCUUGAGCCUGGUGGUACAUGCUGUCAAGCUUUUGUAUCUUCUGCCCAAUGGGAGAGGGGAGAAGAGAGGAUGACCAGGGUGGGAGGGGUCCAUGAUUAUGUUGGCUGUUUUCCUGAGGCGACAGGAAAUGUAGACGGAGUCAAUGGAGGAAAGGCUGGUUUGCGUGAUGGACUGGGCUGUGUUCACAACUCUUUGAAAUUUCUUGCAGUCUUGGGCAGAGCAAUUGCCAUACCAAGCUGUGAUCCAUCCAAAUAGGAUGCAUUUAUGGUGCACUUGUAAAAACUGGUAAGAGUCAUUGUGACUAUGCCAAAUUUCCUUAGCCUUCCUCAGAAGUAGAGGCAUUGGUGUGCUUUCUUGGUCAUAGCAUCCACGUGGCUGGUCCAGGACAAAUUGUUGCUGAUAUUUAUAGCAAGAGACUUGAAGCUCGCAACCAUCCCCACCUCAGCACCAUUGAUACAGACAGGGGUGUGUACUCCACCCUGCUUCCUGAAGUCAAUGACCAGCUCCUUCAUUUUGAUGACAUUGACGGAAAGGUUAUAUCUUGACACCAUGAUACUAGGCUCUCUCUUCUUUCUGUACAGUGAAUCUUCAUUGUUUGAGAUCUGGCCCACUAUCUUGGUGUCAUCUGCAAACAUGUAAAUGGAGUUAGAGUAGAAUUUGGCCAUACAGUUGAGUGUAUAGGGAGUAUAGUAAGGAGCUGAGGAUGCAGCCUUGUGAGGCACCAGUGUUGAGGAUAAUUGUGGAGGAGGUGUUGUUGGUCAGGAGGUCAAGGAUCCAGUUGCAGAGGGGAGUGCAGAGUCCUAGGUCUGAGUUUUGAGAUUUUUUUUUGGAAUUAUGGUGUUGAAGGCAGAGUUAUAAUCAAUAAAUAGGUGUCUAUGUUAUUGAGAUAUUCCAGACAUGAAUGUAGGGCUAGGGAGGUGGCAUCUGCCGUAGACCUGUUUCAGCAGUAGGCAAAUUGCAUUGGGUUAAAGGUUGUCUGGGAGGCUGGAGUUGAUGUGUGCCACAACCAGCCUCUUGAAGUACUUCAUGAUGAUGGAUGUCAGAGCCACUGGGCAGUAGUCAUCAAGGCACAUUACCUUAUUUUUCUUUGGCACUGGGAUGAAAGUGGUCAUCUUAAAGCGGGGGGAACCUCCGAUUGGAGAGAUUAAAGUUGUCUGCGAAUACUCCCAUCAGCUGGCCCGUGUGGGAUCGGAGGACGUGGCCGGGGUCUCCAUCUGUUUUAAGUGGGUUUUAAGGAGCAUCUUGAAGGAGGUAAAAGAUGUAGACAGGCUUUGGAAGGGAAUUCCAGAGUUUGGGAUGGCAACUGUAUGUAAUAUUACAGAGGUGUGAUCAGGCUGGUUCGAUUUUGGACUAUUGCAGUAGAGCGGUGGGAUGAGGAGCAGAAUGGAGAUUGUGAUGGAGACUGUGAUUUGAGUCAUUUCAAUAUUUAGUUGGAGAAUUCCUCUAUAUUAACAUCUUUCAACUUAAACACAAAAUAGCAAUCAAAAUAAUAUUUCAAAAGAAUUGUAAAAAUAUUAGGCAAACUAAAGGGCAACUAAUCAGCUUAUUAGGAGUGUUUAUUUCCUGCCAUUGAAGUGAAAUAUACACUGUGAUAUUCUCCAAUGCAAUACCAUUGUUAUAUUAUUAGUGUGUAAUCUGGACGGCCACUUUAAAUGUAUUUCUGCUAUAUUUAGUUUUCCUCUGGAUAUAAAUGCUACCCUACCACAAAAUUCCAGUUCACAAAUGCAAAGCCUGAAAAGCAGCCAUACACUCUGUUCUCUUGAUCCCCCAAUCCGUUUACCUUCCCCUCCCUUGCUUUAGAUUUGUUGGUGAAAUUUUCUUUGAGAAAUACUACUAGGAUGUUGUCUUUUUCAAUUCUCUUCCAGGUCUAAGGAAAAGCAUUAUUCCUUGGUUUCAGAUUUUCAGCACUUUUAUCAAUGUAUUGCUGCAUAAUAUAAAAUUAAUGUGACGGUGAGACAGAUUUCAAACCAACCUAAAAAUAAUUAUAAGGGUGGUCUAUAGUGUAUUUCUAAAAGUGUAAAAUGCCAAGGAGUCAUUGAACUGGAAAGUGAAGUGAGGAACAAAGUUAUUAACUUGUAAUAAUCUUCUGAGACUGUAAUGCAUGAUGCAAAUUAUAGCUUGUGUAAAGAACAGUGGAAUUUUUUGCGGAGGAAUUGCCUUAAAGCUGCGAAAGAAAGGAAUAAAAUCCACCUCCAUGGAAUUGCAGCAUGCUUAUAAUGGUCAUAUUAAGUGUGAAAAUGAAUCAGCCACUGGAAAAGUCCAACUGCACAAAUUUCAUUCAAAUCUGUAUGGUUUCACCCCGUUGCAGUAAAAAAAAUCCUUCCACCUUCUGAUGCCAAAUAAAGUGAUCUAUGAAUGUU